CUAAAUUUCUCCAGCAGUACAUCACUACCCUCUCGCUCCCCAGCAAAAUUUCGAACUGCGUUGCGCUACGCUUGUCGACCAGCGAUGCGGCCUGCGGUGAGUCCCGGCGGCGGAAGGAGGAUGUCCCCGGGCGAAGAGGCUCUGCGGUCGUUGAAGAGGCCGCGCCACCCCGUGGAUCCCGGCUCCGGCUCCGACCCCGGCUCCAGCUCCGGCUCGGAAUCCGACGGCGAUUUCGUCAGCGACUUGAGGCAGAUCGCGUGCCUGCUGCGGUUGAUCAAGGGCGGGCCCAACAAGGAUCGCCAGAAGAUGUGCGAGCAGAUCAUCGCCAGUGUUGCAGCCAAUAUUCAGACUAUGCUUGAAGAUACCAAGUCCAAGUUUGAGAAGGAAAGGCAGAACUUGCUGAAAGUAUUGUCAGGCACUUCGAAAGAGCAGUGUGAAAGUUCAUUGAACGAAGAGUACACCAAGCUUCAGGAAACAUAUGAAAUGUUCUGUGAAGAAAAUGAUGCACACUUACAAACCUUCAAAGACCUAUUCUCACAAGUUGAAGUUGAGAAAAAGAAACUGCUUGAGCAGUAUCAAUAUCAGAGGAAGGAGACGGCUACAUUGUCUGAACUUGGUGAAACCUUCUCAGAGAAGAUAACAAAUGCCAAACCAUCACCGAAAAGGAUGAAGCAGGAUGACAAGUCUUUUAUCAUCUUCCGCAAGUCGAUUGGUUCAUAUCUCGAGUGCGCAUCGGACGACGAUUUUGACCUUGAUGAUGAAUGACGCUGCUUCUCUUGUCCAACAUACUGAUCCUUUGAAGCGACACAUACAAAACGAUCUUGCUAUUUUUCUUUUUUUUUUCACGUUUCCUCCUUUAACCGACAUCUUAUAGAACAUCUUAAGGCCAUGUUCGCUUAAUCCCCUUGCCACAGGGAUUGAAGGGGAUUGGGGAGGUUUGAGAAGGAUUUUGACUUGCAAGGGAUUUAAUCCCCUCCAAUCCCUUUCAAACCUCUUCAAACCCUUCCAAACCGAACAAGGCCUAAGGGUAUAUAUAUACUGUAGGUCAUAGGAGAGAAGGCUUCACAGUUUGUAUUAGGUACAUUGCCUCGGACCCUUUUUUCUGACAUAGGUACAUUUCCUCAGACUCUUGAAAAGGAAGUGUUAUCAUAAAUCUGUCUGCAAUGUUGGAUUGGCUUGAGAGGUUGGUGUAAGGCCCCAGAUUUAAAACUAGCUUCGACCCAACCUUGUGUUGGAUCGGCCAUUUACAUG